GCCUCUGGGCCCUCAUUGGUCCAGACAGGCUUGAAAGCUUCCAUUGAGCCACUCAGGAGGAAUUUGGGGUACUAAUGCCACUCUCUGUAGGAGGAAUUUGCGUGUUUCUGGUAAACAGCUGACUGCCGAUUUUGUGAGCUCUGCUCUCCUCCUCUCUCGUCUGUUCUCUUGCGCCUUUCUCUCUUUUUGGUUUGUGUGAGUGUGCACUCUGGGUUGAACUGCAUGAACCAAGAAUCCUCACGCUGCUUUGAUAAUCCACCGCUCAAUCAUGCCUUUGAUGACCAUAUCUGGGCCGAAGUGGAGGCUGGUGCUGAGCGCGCUCCUUGUUUGUGCCGUAAUCUUUGAGUUGGAUGCCCAAGAGCAGCAGGCCGCUGCAGGGAGGACGCCCGGGUCAAGUAAACCCAAACUUGGAAAAUCAACAAAAAAAGAGUCUAAAGCUGCAAAAGCCAAACUAAAAAUCAAAGCUCCUUCUGCAUCUCAAGCACAGACCUCCCUCACACAGGUGCUUGACAGAAGAACAUUUAAGAAGGUUGGAGAGACCAUAAGUGUUCAAAGUGGAGAGACUUUGGAGUUGAGGUGCAGGGGCAAACCUGUGCAAUGGAGUGUCCCCCCAUACCUGGAGGAGGAUGAUGAUGGGAGGCUCAAGACCGUCCAACACCAACGAUACAGCGUCUUGACAUUAGUCAACACUACUGGUGCAGACACAGGAGAGUACACCUGUUACCCCAUGUACUGUGAAGACACUGAAUGCAGGAAGGAGUACAACAAAGCAAUCAGAGUCUUCAUCUUCUUUCCAGAUCCACAAGAACUAUUUGUUCCUUCGUCUGACUACUACGAGGUGAUUCAGCUGAGGACCAACUGGCCGACCGUCCUCCCCUGCCAGGUGACGUCACCUAAAGCCAAAGUGACUCUCCACCGCGAGUUCCCACCAGUGGAAGUCCCUGUGGACGGGUCAGAGAUCUCCUUUAAUGUCAAGAAGGGCUUCACCAUCCAUCGCCCCCGGCCUCACCACGCCGGAGCCUUGUACUGCGUGGCCAGUCUGGGCAACCUGAGGCAGAGCUCCACCAAAUACAUGCUCAUCUAUGUCAACUAUCCCAUGGCUCCUCCUGCUCCGGUGAUCCAGGCAUCGUCCAGCUCGGUGGCGGCGGGGGAGAACCUGCACGUCAGCUGCACGGCGAUGGGAGAACGGGACGUGCUCACAGAGUUCACCUGGGAAUAUCCAGGACAGGAGAUUGGGAGGCCUCUCUACACAGAAGACAGCAUCAUCCCGGUCAGCGGAGGGUCAGCCCAGCAGCAGUUUCAGUCUGUUCUCCUGGUGGACGAGGUGAGAGACGUGGACCAGGGCACGUACACAUGCACGGCCCAGAACCUCCAGGGAGCCAAAUCGGUGUCCACCACCAUUAAAGUGGUCCCCAAAGCCAAAGCCAAAGCCAAGAAGCCAUGAGUGACACGGUUGCAGUUCAGGUCCUGCAUUUUGCUUUAUUAGAUACUAAGAUAUAUUUUUAGUUUUUUAUAAUUAAACUACAAAUACAUAAUCCUAGCAAAAGAACAAAUAUUCAAUCAAGAAAACAGACUGCAGAAAAGCAAUAAUGGCAUAAAUGGAGUUAUUUUAAUGAAUGUAUGACAAGUCGAAAGUUGUAUAUUAAAAGUUCU